CGGCGGCCGGAGGUGGCGGCGGUGGCCAUGGCCGAGGAGGAGGGAGACGGGGGCACCGCGAGUAUCCACACGCAGCACAUCGCCGCCGUGCACAACGUGCCCAUGAGCGUCCUCAUCCGGCCCAUCCCCUCCGUGCUGGAGCCGGAAAAAGUGCGGAGUUUGGUGCGGACCCUGCAGGAGGACCCCGAGCGGGUCCCCCCCAUCGAUGUGUUAUGGAUCAAGGGCAGCGAGGGCGGGGACUACUUCUACUCCUUCGGGGGGUGUCACCGCUACGCGGCGCACCGCGAGCUGCAACGGGACACCAUCCCCGCCAAGAUCAUCCCGUCCACGCUCAGCGACCUCCGCACCUACCUGGGCUCCUCCACUCCCGAACUGCGCUGAGACGGAUCACCCCGCCCCGCCGGUCCCUGACCCGGGGCUGAGCCGGGCACCGCGCCCGCCCCCGGCGCUGCGACUGGGAGGGGGUCGCGGUGUCCCCCACCGCGGGGGGAGGCGGGAGGGUCCCGGUGCCGGUGGGUGCCACUCGCGGCCGGGAGGUGGCGCCCGUGUGCCGCGGGAACGGGGCGGGGAGGGGCCGGACCGGGACAUCGCGAACCGAGACAUCCCCGAACCGGGAAGUGCCCGAACCGGGACGACUCGAACCAGGAUAUCUCCAAACUGGGACGUCCUCAAACCGGCGCGGCGCCGAACCAGAGCAGCACCCGACCGGGCACAGCUGGGCCGGGACAUCUCUGAACCAGGACAGAAUGGGCCGAGCUUGGACACUUGGAACUGGGACGGGACACGGGCAAACCCAGGCACCACCGAACCAGGGCACCGCCGAACCGGGACACACACAAACCAGGAUACACCUGUACCGGGGCACACGCCACCCCCAGCCUUCCCCCGCCACUCCAGGCUCACCCUGGGCUGUGCCUGUCCCAGAGCCGCCUGCUCCAUCCUCAGAUGCAUCCCGCAGCCCCUUCUCCAUGGGGUUGCCUCCAGGGGACGCCCACUGCUGCUCUGGGAAUAAAGGUGACUGAACCCCC